AUGGUCGCCAUCAGAUCCACUGCCGCUGCCAGUACCGCCGCUGCUACCGCCGCCGCCAGAUGUAUUGCUGAAUUCAGGUGGGCAGAACAUACAUGCCCCGUGGCAAAACGGGGCGCAGCCGUGACCGCUGCCCUUGCUGCCUUUGCUGACGGAGGGUGUAGCACUACCCGAGGACCAAGUGGUUGUGGUUGUGCUUAUCUUCCGGACCAACUUGAAAGGUGGCUAGCUGAAACCAGAGCCAUGGUCGAUGCUGGCCUCCAAGCAUUCACUGAUGCCGAGAAUCCCACUGAUAGCCAAAAAAGGAAAAUUGCCCGGGGUUAUCUCUGGAGCUACUUCCACAUGAAGAUAACAGAGACCGCCAAGGUCGAGGUGGUGAAGGGCAGCAUCAAGAAAGUAAAGAACUUUCUGGAUGGGACGCCGCACCAGUCGGGCACUCCACAUUUCUACUGCGGUGAUACAUGGCUUAUAAAGGAAUCCAGAAUGGACGCGGCUAUGGACAUAAAUGAAAAAGAGACUAUAUUGCGUGAUGGUCCGGAUGGAGUUUCGAAUCCUGUUCCAAUUGAGGAUGUGGAGAAUUACCAAGAUCACUUAUGGUAUCUCGACGCCCAAACUCACCAGUGGGUGCGCAAUGAGAUGGUUCCUUACUGGGCACAUGAUUUUUUCGAAUAUGUGUUUGAUAGUGACUACGAAGGGAAGACUAUGUGCACCGUAGGGGGCAUUUUGGCAGGAACGCAAGACGAAACCAAGCCCCCCACGCUGACGUUGUGCCCUUUUGCCUUCGAGAACAAACAGGGUACCGUUGUUCUUGGGGACAGAAAACCCUCAGCAGGCUUGUCAAUCAUGGAUAUUAUCCCACGAAGCACAACUCUCUACCAUGAGCUUCUCCAUCUCACUGUUGGUACGCGUGCCACCCUUGAUUACACUUACUCGUGGUUGAAAAUGAAAGAUGCACUCAAAAAGCCCGAUGCGACACCGAAAGAAAAAGAAGGCGAAGAAAUCUGGUAUGGGAAGAUAUACCAGGAUAUCAUGCGCCAAAACCCCGACACAAUUACCUUCUUUAGCGUAGGGUACUGGUAUUUCAUGCAGACCACAUGGAACAACGACAAAAACACGCACAAGCGAUGGAGUUUCCACACUGGCGCAGGCGAAUUCUUGCCAAUAUAA